AUCCUUCUCAAAUCGGAUGGAAUGCCCGUCUAUCAUAUGGCCAAUGUUGUGGACGAUCACUAUAUGUCUAUCAGUCACGUGAUUCGUGGUGUUGAAUGGUUGUCUUCCACACCGAAACACGUGCUCCUAUAUGAGGCGCUAAAUUGGAAUCCACCAAGCUUUGUCCAUUUGCCAUUGCUGCUUUCAAGUACCGGUGGAAAGCUGUCUAAACGCAGUCCAGAAUUUGCCCUGGUCGGACAUGUGCAUAGUUUGAUCAGGAAAGGUUAUCUACCGUCAGCUGUACUUACUUGGCUCGCUUCUGUCGGUACACGAUCCAGUCAGCAUUCCCCCGAUGACAGUCAUCAAGAAUAUGAACGAUGGAAUCCGCAACUUCAGAUGCCCGAUUUGGUUUCACGUUUUAGUUUGGACUCUAUCAGUCGUCAGAAUGUGACCAUUUCCACGGAUACUCUGCGCUUGUGCGGUCGAGCACAUUUUGAUCGCCUGGCAGCAGAGGCGUUGGAUGUAUGUCAAACCUGUCCUCCGAGUGCUGUGCUUCAGUCCCCGGAAUUGCUCACUCACGUUCGACAAUACCUCCGAGCAAACCUACCCGAUUAUCAAGCACCGAAUCGCCCUACAGUUGAUGAAGACAUCCGUCUUGCGAAUCAGUUAUGUGCACUUCGUGGUCGAAUCUCUUGCCUGUCGGAUUUGGUAGACCCUAAGCAAGGCUUUGCGUUCCUAUGGCACCCGAUUGAUUUCGAUAUCUGUUUGGAGAAACUAAAAGCGACAGUCUUUAAGACUGCCAAACCGACUACUGUGACUCAGUUCCUGGCACUGCUGGCUGAGGAUCUCGAUUCAAUUUCUAGACUGACUCUGGAAGGUACCGACUCGCAACCGGAGACAGCUGUCGCUCACGUAAUUGAUUCCCGUUGCACCGAAUUGGGCUUGAAGCGACCAAUUGCGAUGCAUGCAAUCCGGAUCUGCCUUACCGGUUUUGAGGUUGGUCUUCCAAUAACGGAUCUUGUCAAUCUGCUGACCAUAAAACUAACCGCAGAGCGUCUACGAAUUGCUGGAAAGAAGAUGUGCGCACGACGAGAUGUUCCGGGUAUUGGUGGAUAG